AUGACAAACAAUAGUAAUAAUAACAGUGAUAUCAGUAGCAGUAGCAAUAGCAGCAAUAGCAGUAGUAGUAGUAGUAAUAAUAACAUAAUGGCAACAUCAGCAGGAACAGCAACAUCGACAGCGACAGCGACAGUGACAGCAAUGCCUGUAACAUCAACAAUUGGACCGAGAAAGAUUGUAAAGAUUGUUAGUAGUGAAGGCGAUGAAUAUGAUUUAGAGGAAUGUGUAAUAGAGAUGUGUCGCACAGUGAAGUAUAUUGCAUCGGGAAAGGUCGGCUUUAGGAAUGGUCUAGGCGGCUGGUUCAACAUCGAGGGCAAAUACGUGCUGCACAAGAAGGAGGGUCGGCUACUGGCCACCAUCUACUCCAACACGGACCUCGAGUGCAUACUCUGCUUCCCAGAGAUUCGCGGACAAAUAUUGGCAACGAUCAUCGACUAUUGUAAAUUUCAUUCGGCUUCCCCGACGCCGGCACAGAUCACCGAGCAUGACGAGGCACUCAUCUCAAUGAAACAAUCAAACCUCUGCGAACUCGCAUCCGCCUCCUACUAUCUCGAUGUCAAAUCCCUCGUCAGUCUUACAUCGCGAGAGAUCGCCGCGCAAAUAUCACAGAAAAGCUCAGAAGAGAUUAGAGAGACAUUCACCAACCUUCACUUGGCAGGCUACAAUCAAUACUUUUCAUCAAAGUGCAGUCAUAAGAAGACGAUAAAGAAGGAUAAGAUACUGCAGAUACAGAACACACCGGCCGUGGACGACAAUAGGACAGUUGACGAGUUGUUAGAGUUCUUGGGCGAGGACUCCAAGAAGAAGAAGAGCAACAGCAAGAAUAACAAAAAGUCAAAGCAACAACAACAACAGACUAAACAACAACAAUCAAACAAGAAUAACAACAAGAACAACACAACAUCAUCAUCACCGCCUUCUUUACCAAAUCAAACAUCGUCACCAACAUUGAAAUCACAGAAUGGCAACAACAACAACAACACAUCAUCGUCAUCAUCACCAUCAACUUCGAGCAACAGCAACAUCAAUGUCAACAACAAUCCACUGAUAAAGCAAUCAAAGAGUUCACCGGAUCUUUAUACAACAUCACUGGAGCAUCAGAAGCGUAACAACAACUCAAACAACAACAAGCUGUACAAUAAUAACAAUGCCAAGAUAUACGAGAUUGAAGACGAUGACGUGCUGGAAGACGAUGAUGACGACGACUCUGAUGACGACGAUCAGCUGGACCCCGACCUUCAAGAGGAGAUUGACAAAGAAGUAGAGAACUUUAAGCAGAGGCUAGACCUGUUUAGUCGACAAUCUAAACAACAAAAGUUAACAUUACCUUCAAGGACAUUGGCUGCCCUGCUGGAUGUUUAUUGA